UUUCAAAUACUCCCUAGCUAUAUCCCAUUUCUCUCCCACAGUGUCCAACAUUUGCAGUGUUUCUUUUCUCCUACCUCGUUUCUCCGUCAUGUUCACCUUCUCCUCGACGCCUGUCGGUCCUCUCCCUCUUAUAAAGCAUAAAAGAGUACUGUCUCUAGAUAUAUUUGGAAUAAUAUUUUGGUCAUAAAGCAUGAAAGAGUACAGUCUCUAAAUAUAUUUGGAGGCUAAGGAAUAAUAUUUUGGAAAGUUAACAUAUCGACGCAUGAAGCUUUCUCCUAGCCAUAUAUGGUGAGUCGUUGAGCAACAACGCCGCUUAACCCUUACCAGCAGGAUCACGUAUACAACUCCGUAUCAUGGAAGCUAUAAAGCUAUUUCUUGUUACCGCAGUCGGCAUAUUCCUGCCGGUUCCAACAACAGAGUCCAUUGUCAGAGAAGUUUUUAGCAAAUCUAAUUUCCGCAAAGAACCAGGGUUACUUCAGUUUUGGGCAUGCAUCACGCCUUCUGAUUCCGAGGACAUUGGAUGCUAUCUUACGUUGAGAGAACAACCCUAUAUGUUAACUCGAGAUCAUGAAGGACUUCUGCAGGAUUACAGGAGGAGAUGUCUUGGAAACUAUUUUCCUCUUGUUGGAGUAGAAACAAGGGUGGGCAACUGGUUACCUGGCCGAGCAGCUCAAACAAGGAUCGCAGACCAUCGGACGAUACAUCAUGCGCUUAAUCCCGAAGAUCAACAUCCAGCAGACGUAGGAGGCAAGGGGCAGUUGGUUUUGCCUGUGUUUCGUGACCAGGGUGAUGGGAAUAAACUUGUGGGAAUCAUUGAGUAUGUCACGCCUCUACCUAAAGAAAGUUAUGUUGAAGAUUUUGAACAAAUACACAAUCUACUAAAGGAUGAGGGCCUGAAUUCCACAUAUAUGGGGAAGACGAUGAAAGUUGAGUACGAUGAUGAUUUGAUCAAGUUUACACUGCCCCUUUCAGCUAAAUUCAGAGACCUGCGCAGGGAAGUGAUAAAGAGAUUUCCAGAAUUAAAAAAGCAACAAGAGUUGUGUGUCGAGUAUGAUGAUACCAAAGGUAACCGUCUUCCAAUUUCAAGUGAUGAAGACCUCCAAGUUUGCAUGGCCGAGUCAAGUUCAAGAGGGGUAAAGUUCAUUAGCAUGUGUGUUAUUUCGAACACAUAGCAGUGUGAUGACUGAUGACACAUUCUUUUCUUGUUUUGUUAUAUGAAUAGUGGGCGAAAGGGUCUUAUUCAGAAGUCA